GGUUGGUCAUGAAUUUGGGUUGAGGGGCGUCCGGGUAGCGUGGCCACACUGUUGGUUUCCCGAUAGUUGCAGAUUUUCUGUUAUCUAGAAGAGGACCAACUAGAUCCGGUCUGUUUAUUAUUAUUUUUGUGUGUACAAAGCAGCGAUAUGGCGGGCAGCUGGUGGAGCAGCGCGGCGGUGACCCAUGUUUUGAUGGCUCUCUUCGCCAUGGGUUCCUGGGUUUCCGUCAACUGUCUAUGGGUCGAGCUCCCAGUGGUUGUCAAUGUUUUGCCUGAAGGGUGGAAUCUGCCAGCCUACCUCUCAGUGCUGAUAGCAUUUGGUAACCUGGGUCCGAUAGCUGUGACCAUUACACAUCAUUGUGCUCCAGGAAGGUUAAACGAGCGCCUUGUCAUUCACGCCAUCCAGGUGUUGGCAGUGGUGGUGUCUGCUUUCCUGGCAGUCUUCUGGUCUCACACAUUCACAGUGGCCGGAAAGGAAAGGUCAGUACCAUUCCUGCUUUUCACCUUCGUGCUGUCUCUGGUGUGCUGUACGUCCAACGUCACCUUUCUGCCCUUCAUGUUCCGUUACCCCUCCCAGUACAUUCGCACCUUCUUCAUCGGACAGGGCUUAAGUGCCCUGUUCCCCUGUAUUGUAGCCUUAGCACAGGGUGUCGGGAAGGUCGAAUGUAAAACAGUAAAUGGUACAGUGCACCCGCAGUACCUGAAGGAGGGUUUCCCUGCCCAGAACUUCUUCUGGUUCUUAUUUAUCAUGCUGUCAAUCUCGGCCCUGUGCUUUCUGGCCCUGACACGAAGACAAACUGCGUUACAGCAACCGGACACACCGCAGCAAGGGUCUGACCUCAUAAUGGUGGCACCAAAGGAGAACAGGGAGGAGACAGACCCAUUACACAAUGGAAGGAUGCCAGUGUCUGAGGACCAGGUGGAGGUGGUGAAACAACCACCUGCCCAGACAUUUUGGACGCCACGCAACAUUUACCUACUGGUGCUACUUGGCGUCUCCAAUGCCCUCACCAAUGGAGUGCUGCCUUCUGUCCAGAGUUUCACCUGUCUGCCCUAUGGUACCAUGACCUUUCACCUAUCUGUGGUCCUUGGUAACAUAGCCAACCCAGUGGCCUGCUUCAUGGCUAUGUUUGUACUACUCAGGUCUUCUAUUGGUCUUGGAAUGAUGUCUCUGGUUGCGGGAGUCUUUGCAGCAUAUCUCAUGGCAUUAGCAGCGCUCAGCCCCUGUCCCCCUCUCUUGGGCAGCCCUGCUGGCAUAGCCUUAGUGAUCAUCUCCUGGAUUUUAUUCACAGGGCUGUUCUCCUAUCUGAAGGUGAUGAUUGGGACCCUGCUCCAUGAGGCAGGUCAUGCUGCCCUGCUGUGGUGCGGCAUCUCCAUCCAGACCGGCUCACUUAUUGGAGCAAUCACUAUGUUCCCCUUAGUGAGCAUCUACCAAGUGUUUGCCAGGUCACAAGAAUGUGUGGAUAUCUGUAGUUAGCAGGAAUAUCAUGUUGAAUUUAUUUGUACAAGGUUUUUUAAAAAAAAAAAUUUUUCUGGAUGCACAACGUUCAUUGAUUUCUACAGGGAGAUAAUUGGAAAAAGUUGCGAAAGUGGGGUUAUGCACCAAAUAGGCCUACUCUCCUUUCUUCGAGAUCAUGCUGUCAUUGAGGUAUGACUCUCUGGGUCAAAGUGACACACUGACUGGGUGUCUGGGUGGCGUGGUGGUCUAUUGCAUUGCCUACCAACACGGGGAUCGCCGGUUCGAAUCCCUGUGUUACCUCCGGCUUGGUCGGGCGUCCCUACAGACACAAUUGGCCGUGUCCGCGGGUGGGAAGCCGGAUGUGACUAUGUGACUUGGUCGCUGCACUAGCGCCUCCUGUGGUCUGUUGGGGUGCCUG